CUCCUACAGGCUCUGCCCAGUACCCUCGGAUUUGGGGUGCUGCUGGCCCUGCCAGGGGCCUGUGCUUCUGGGGUAGGCACUGAGGAUGGUACGGGCUCCAGUGGUGUCACCAUCAUCCUGCUGCUCCUGCUCCUGCUGUUGCUCAUCACCGGCCUAGCCUUCGCCUGGUGUCGCCUCAGCCGUGACUCAGGGGGCUACUACCACCCAGCUCGCCUGGGUGCUGCGCUAUGGGGCCACACCCGCCGCCUGCUCUGGGCCAGCCCUGCAGGCCGUUGGCUUCAGACCCGCACCGAGCUGGGAUCCCCAGGAGAACACGAGCAGCAGGAGGAUGAACAGGAUGCAGAAGAGGAUUUCAUGAUAGAUGGCGGCCCUGAGGAAGCUGAUCCCCAGGAAGAGGAGCAGCGGUGUGAAGCAAGAGCCGAAGCAGAGCAGGCCCCAGACGCACAUGAUACAGACAGUGAAGAGGGCCUGGGCCUCAGCUCUCAGGGCCCCGUGGGCUCAGGCAGCAGCGCAGAGGCACUUCUGAGUGACCUGCAUGCCUUUUCAGGCAGCGCUGCCUGGGAUGACAGUGCCGGAAGAACAGGGGGCCAGGGCCUCCAUGUCACUGCACUGUAGGUGCCAGCUGCUUGUCCUGUUCCUGCCCGAGCUUCUGGCUGUCUCCUCCCAUGUGGUCACACAGAAACACAAACUGCCCUGGACCUUCAUCAUCCCACCUCACAUGCAGCUUCUCAGACUGUGACCCCCACCAGCUCCCCAGAGUGUCGCCUCUCCCCACCCAUAGGCACAAGACAGACAUUGAAAAUAAAACUUCUUAAGCCCUGAGGUCUGUGGUCCUUUGG